AUGUUAGAAGGUCCCAUUCCAGAUGGAUUUGGAAAAAUAAUGAACUCUCUUGAAUUACUUGAUCUCUCUGGUAACAAACUACAAGGCAAGAUUCCGUCUUUCUUUGGGAACAUGUGCAGAUUGCAGGGCUUAUACCUCUCAAAUAACAACUUGAAAGGGGAAAUUUCUUGCUUAAUUCAAAAUUCUUCAUGGUGCAACAGAGACGAACUUCGGACUUUGGAUUUAUCUUAUAACCAAAUUACUGGCAAGAUACCUGAAAGCAUUAGAUUGCUAUCCGGGCUGGAGGAUUUAUCCUUGGAGGGAAAUUCUUUAGAGGGUCCGAGUUUUCCUGGCUGGCUGCAGACUCAGAGUUCCUUAACGAUACUAGAUAUAUCCGAUAAUGGGCUUAAUGAAUCUGUACCAGUAUGGUUUUGGAGCAAAUUGCGAACCAUGUACCAGUUGAAUAUGUCUCACAAUAAUCUCUUUGGUUCUAUUCCUAACAUAGCAUUAAAGCUUCAUGAUAAACCGUCUAUAAUUCUGAGUUCAAAUAAAUUUGAGUACAAGGUUCCAUCAUUUUUGCGACAAGCUUCGCAGUUGUUACUCUCUCAAAAUAAGUUUUCAGAUUUGUCAGAAUUCUUAUGCAACCAAAGCACAACUGCAAAUGUGGUCACUUUGGAUUUAUCAAAGAAUCAAAUGACGGAACUUCCUGAUUGUUGGAAAUUUGUAGACCCGCUGCGGUCUCUUGAUUUAGGAAACAAUAUGUUGUCAGGAAAUAUUCCUAUGUCCAUGGGCAACCUGAAUAAGUUGUCAAAAGGAAUUCCAACAUGCUUAAAGAGUUUUAUUGCUAUGUCUGAAAGGAGCAUCAACCGAAGUGAAACCCUAAGUCGUAUUGGUGGUUAUAAUAUGACUACCUAUGAAAUAUAUGAUUUUAUGGCUGUUGGUGGUUUUAAAUUUGACAUAACAUGGAUCUGGAAAGGUAUGGAACAGGAGUUCCCAGAUCCCCAGCUGAAACUUCAGAGUAUUGAUAUGUCAUGUAACAAUUUAACUGGUGAAAUACCAAAAGAGGUUGCAUAUUUGCUUGGGCUAAAGUCUUUGAAUUUAUCAAGAAACAAUUUGAUUGGAGAAAUUCCUUCUGUGAUUGGAAAUUUAAGUUCACUUGAAUCCCUCGACUUAUCAGGAAAUCAAUUCUAUGGGAAAAUUGCUUCUUCUCUUUCUCAAAUUGAUUUUCUAGGAAAGUUAGACUUGUCACAUAACUCACUCUCUGGAAGAAUUCCAUCGGGGAGACACUUGGAUACAUUUGAUUUCUCUUGUUUUGAAGGAAAUGUUGAUCUUUGUGGGGAACAACUUAACGAGAGUUGUCCGGGAGAUCAUACAUCAUCAGUAGCAGUCCAUGGAGAAGAUUCUGGUUUCUAUAUGAAGCAUUUUACAUGA